AUGGACGACGAGAACACAGAAAGGAAUGGGAUGGUCCUGCAUGUGCUGGACCUUCCUCAGCUCUACACAAAGCCCUCGGCCCAAGAACUUCUGAACACGCUUACCCUGCUGACCUCGGAGCCGCCCUCGUGGGAAGGAAGCGACACCGAAGAUGACGAGACGCCCAUGACGGUGAAAUCGGCGCGCCGACAAAGCAUGAGUGCCGUGAAGGCCCAGCCCAUGCAGAUCAAUCCGGAAGGCUUGGCCACCUACCUGACAAGGAUAAUUGCGAGCGAUUUGCGCUGGAUUGAGGACGACUCGGUGAAGGAGGACAUCUGGGAGGCUGCUAGCGUUCGUCUCAGCGAACGGUCCGGCCGGACGGCUAUGGGAGCGAUAUCGCGCAAGUUUCGGAUUCCCGCCGCCAAGGACGGGCCCAGCGAGGACAUCGAAAUCCAUGAGCCGGCGCUGACAGCAGACAACCUUGGACUGAAGACUUGGGCAUCGUCGUACCUCUUAUCGCGACGGCUUUGGCGACUGGCCGCCGAUGAGAGCAGUCUUCCCGGUGCAAAGCAUCUACCUCCGCAUUCCGUACUUGAGCUAGGUUCUGGCACCGGCCUCGUCGGAUUGUCCGCUGCAAUGGUCAUGGGCACAGAUGUACUCCUGACAGACCUCCCUGAAAUAGUGGAGAACCUAGAUCGUAACGCGCUCUCGAAUAAAGAUAUUCUCGACCGGCACACUGCAUCGGCUCAUACAGCAGUUCUGGACUGGACGGACCCGUCGUCAAUGGAUCUAUCGCUCAAAGCUGUGAAGGAGGCUGACUAUCAAGAAAGCCAGCGUUUUCGCUUCGUCCUGGCCGCGGAUCCACUUUACUCUCCGGAGCAUCCUGGAUGGCUAGUGCAAGCAAUCAUGGCCCGACUCUCACGCGAGGCUGGUGCGAGAGUGGUCAUCGAGCUCCCGCUCCGCAUCGCUUAUCAACCGCAGGUCGAGGAGUUCCGCACUAGGAUGCAGGCGGCCGGCCUCAAGAUCUGCAAUGAAGGAUACGAGACGGGUUACGACGACUGGGGCUGCCAGGGCGGGCGUAAAGCCGUGCGCUGCUGGUGGACUGUCUGGAGUUGGAAGACGGCGUACUUGGGCGAAUCGCACGCCGUGGAGCACGACGAGAUGACGGUACAAGCUAACGACAUGGGAGACUCUUACCAGCAGCUGCUGGAUGAGUUCAAGGGGUUGAAUGACUGGGACUAA